GCUUGAUGAUUGGAUUGCUUCAUUGGGAGCCCUAUUCUUAUGAUGUUAAUGUUCUGGAAUCUGGUUCGUCAAUGUUCUGGAAGAUUUGCAGUGCAUGGUCAAUGGUCGUGGAGAAGAACACGGCGGAUUCCAGGAGGUUCACCGUAACAGAGGAAUUGAGAUGGAGGCGAGUUUUGAUGGUGGUCUUGCAUUGUUGAUCAGUAUUGUUGGAUUUUCAGGGAACUGGGAAAUGGUGGUUAUGGCAGUUACGGUUUCAGCUGGUAAAAAAAUCGCCAUUGAUGCUAUUAGCUAUUGGAUUUAAAAUUUUGACCGCGACAGAGGUCAAGCAAAAACCCAACACUGUGUAGUUGAGUGGUUACAAGAGCCAGUUUUUAGGGAAUGAAAAUAAUUAUACAAC